UCAGUCAGUGACGAAUGUUUCAAGUGGUUGAGACGUGAGAAAAAUCGAGUUGGCUGUUUACACCCUUUUUGAUUGUGAGUAUUCUUACCUCAGACAGUCUGGUUUCCUUCUCAGUAUCCUACCAAGCGAGCUUAGGAGAAACAGAAGAAUUCCUCGGAUGGAUAUUACGUCUUCUGUUAAGUCAGCUCCAGAUGGAGGAUAUGGCUGGUGUGUCUGUGCAGCAGCUUUUUCAGUACAAUUCGUCCUGGCUGGAAUACAGAACAGCUUUGGAAUCCUCCUUAUUUACAUCCUGGAUGAAUUUGGCAAUGGGAAGGGCACGUCAGCAUGGGUGGGUUCCAUUCACCUGUUCGCUCUGUACGCUGUGGCUCCGUUUGUUACCAUCGCUUGUGACAUCUGGGGUUGCCGUAUCACCGGAUUUGUUGGUGGUUUAGUCUGCGUGAUUGGUCUGGUGGCAUCGUCGUUCGUCACCCGGCUCUACCUGUUAUUUGUAACAUAUGGAGUGUUGUUCGGGAUCGGUGCUUCGUUGGCGUACAUUACAACUUUUAGGAUCAUCUCGCUCUGGUUCGACAGGAAAUUAGCACUGGCCAAUGGUAUAUGUAGUACUGGUGCAUAUUCUGGUACCAUUGCCCUUGGGCCAUUUCUUCAGCGGAUGGUGAAACAAACGGGACUCUCCAGAACCUUUAUAAUUUUGGCGGGAAUCGUUGCUCUCACUGCAGUCUCUGCCCUUGCGUAUCGUCCCCCACCCAAACUAGUCAGUAUGGGCAAGAGAGACGUCCAGGUCAAGAAAAUAUUCGAUCUAACACUAUUAGAAGAUAAAUCUUUCCUAGUGUUUUUACUAGGGUUAGGAUUAUACGCCAGUGGCGGUUUCAUACCUGCUUCGUAUGUGCCCUCAUUUGCCAAGGAGUUGGGAGUGCCACCACACAAAGGGGCUCUUUUGCUUAUGGCCUGGUCAACAUCAUCAGGUGUUUUCUCCUUUUUGACUGGUAAACUUGCUGACAAGUUUUCACGCUACCGUGUGGAGAUUUUUCAAUGCGCUAUGGUCGGGGUCGCCAUAUCCACAUCUCUUUUGUCGGCAGCAUGGAGUUUCCAGAGUUUCAUGGGGAUGAUGGUAAUAUACGGGGCUUUCGAUAGUGGCUUUGUAUCACUAAAAGCAGUAGUUGCUGAAGACUUGGUUGGUAGUGACCAGGCCUCCAGGGGUGUUGGGAUCAUGUUCGCGGUGCUUGGUAUCGCUUAUUGCGCAGGAAUUCCAUUGGCUGGUUGGAUAUACGACUCUACAAAUUCAUAUCCUUGGAGUUUUGUUGCGGCGUCCGUUUUUAGCGCUACAGGCUGUAUCCUGCUUUUCCUCAUCCCACUGCUCCAGAAUCUAAAAAAUGUAGAUCAUGUCGGCCCCCUGAAAGGGAGGGAACUUCACUCAGACACAGAUAAACUUAAAUUCUUACCUACACCAUUAAUAACUGAAAUAUCCUUUCAAAGUGUGGACAUAAGAACGUUACGAGAAACAUAUUUAUGAUGUUUUGUAUAGUCGACAUAAAUAAUGUGGAUGUUAAAGAGUGAAAUCAAAGUGCUCUGUGAGCAAACUCGUGAAUUGACACAUGAUUUUUUAGAUUAUGUUUAAUGUUAUCUGGUUUAGGGAAUUUUGUGGUUGAUUGCCAUAUCUAGAGUACGAGCAGUAGUUCGCUAAUGUAGCAAAGAAACAAAGUAACGCUGGGAUAAGAAGGCAUUACAAUUGAAAUGAUCAUGCUAUUACAUUUGACAAGGUGGAUGAUGUCAUGUGUUUUAAACGUCUAUCAUUUUUGUUUCAAAAGAAAAGGUUGGAAGUAAAUGUGGGUGAAAAGUGAAAUUUACUGUCUUUCGUUGUUAGAAAAUCAAGGCAAUACUGUCUUAAUGAAAACAUUAACGAUUCCCUCUUUAUCAAAUGAGACAAACGGGAACGAGUUUUGAGUGAUAUAACCAAGCCAAGCCUGCCACCGUCAUUUUGGAUCUCCGCCUGGGUAGAUUUAAGUUACGUGCUAGGCAACGUAUAAUCAAUAACAAGAUAGAAUUUCAUUUCAGGCCUAUUUAUCAAUUUUGUGGUGUGUAACUUUCGCAUUUUAGUACGUUGUAUGUAUGUUGAAUCUUCAAAUUGUCUUGAAACUUAAAAGAAAAUUGUUCUUUAAAAAUCCACUGAAAAUCGGUAGCUAAAAUUGUUUGUUUAGAUGUUAUUUGAUUUUCGUGUUAACUUGUUAUUUCGUCAGUCGCCGGCAUCUUUUGUUGCUUCACACAGGAAAAACACACGCGAUGAAACGUAAUGAUCAAUUUUGUCCUCAAUCUCACGCUAUAACAGAAAAAGCUUUUGAACAUCUGUAAACUCCGAGCGCUUCGCAGUAAGUGAUAUUUUCAAUGAAUCUUCGGAUUGUUUUCAAG